CGGCUGCUUCUGGGGCGUCGAGCACCUCUUCCGCAAACACUUCGGUAACGGAAAAGGUCUCCUGGAAGCCAAGGUCGGUUAUUGUGGUGGCCAUAGUGCUUCUCCGUCUUAUCGCGCCGUGUGUACCGGUGAUACGGGCCAUGCUGAAGCCCUCCAAAUGACCUACGACCCCUCCGUCGUCAGCUACCGCUCCCUCCUCGAAUUCUUCUACCGCAUGCACGACGCCACCACUCUGAACCGUCAGGGCCCCGACGUCGGCACCCAAUACCGGAGUGUGAUUUUCACCCACGGCGACGAACAAGAGAAGAUCGCCCACGACGUGACGGAGAAGGUCAGCAAGGAGUGGUUCAAGCAGCCGGUGUCGACGGUCGUGGUCCCUGCGGGUCAGUGGUGGGAUGCAGAGGAGUAUCAUCAGUUGUAUUUGAAUAAGAACCCUGAGGGGUAUGAGUGUCCGGCGCAUUUCGUGAGGAAUUUCCCGCCGCUUUCGGAGUAAGGGUUUGAGGAUGAGAAUGGUGUGGUAUGUGCUUGGGUUGGGGUUGAGUGAGGAAAUAUAUGUAUUUCGAGAUAUUUUUGUACAAAUGAGAUCAUUGGUAUUGAUUGGUGUUGGGUAAUGGUUGUUUUUAUGGCCUGAGGAUCUAUCUACUAUAUGGAUAAAGGGUGGCUUGCUUGGCUGGCUUAUACAUUCUCAAUUGGGCUGCAGAUCAUGUCAGGCAGCUUGAAUCACAAUCAAUGCGUGGCUUGGCUUUAUUGCAUCCUUAUCCUUGUAUCUUAAUGUCAUAGUUAAUUCUCACG